AAAACUGGCAAAACCCCUCAGAGCAGCGAGCCAAAGACACGAGCUCAGAAGAAAGCAGCUAUAGGUCAUCACGAUGAACAAUACAAAAAGCUAGAAGCAGAACGUGAGCAGCUACGAGUAGCACAAGAACAUGAUUUGUUUACUAGUGAUGAUGAGAAAAGAUUAGAAGACAUAGAAAACGCACUAGCUGGAUACAAUAGGACUAUGGCGCAAACAAACAAAGUGCCUACCAUCAAGGCAGAUCCGGAUUCUGCUGCCGUUGGCGACAGUACGACAAGGGAAAAUUUGGAGCCACAAGGAAUGACAGGGCAGGAGAUAGGAGGACAGGAAGCGACAAAACAAACUGCUCCAGGCAGCGCAAUGGACUAUGGAAAGGCGCACGCGAAACCUUCUCCAGAGUUCUCGGAGAAUCGCAAUGUUAAGCAAGAAUAUAGUAGGCUUGUGGACGAUCUCGAUAUGGCAUGGGAUGUCGACAUCAACUGGAGACAUACAGAGACCUCGUUACAGCAUCUUAAAAAAGAAGUCUUUGGUCAUAUCACGAGGAAUUCUCUAAAUCGCUGCUGUAUCAGAUAUGGAUCUGCAGAUGCUUACAGCGCUCGUUUUGAGUCGAUCCUGCCAGAAGGUUCUCCAUACCUGGGGACAAGGGAUGUUACCCAGCGUAGCAACCGCAUUGUUGAGAGAAUUGUGCAGAUACACAGAGACAAAAAGAAAGCGCUUCCUAUGAACAUACUUAGCGAAGUUCAGGUUCUGGUCGUGUACUGGGACUCUAAAAUGGGAGUCGGGCAUAGCGCCGAGGUCGACGUGCUAGCUCCUGAUUUUGUAGGAAGACGGCCUCAUACCCGUUGCUUCGUAUAUCUAAACCCCUCACUAUAUGAGUCGUAUGGACUUGAAAAUACGACUGGUUACAGCCAUGAAACUAGGUCAACGAUGAAACUUGUUAUGGAAGGAAAUGACGACUGGCAAAAGUCUGUUACGCUUCACAAUAUUGCAGUAAGGCUUGAGAACAGGUUUGAGGAGAAGCAUAUGGGCGGAGUGUCAGGAAGACCUGGACCACUUCUUGAACUAUCUCGUGAAAGAAAAACGACAACGCGCCGGAAAGGAUCGCGAUACAGUAAUACUGAAUUAGCAGCAAGUCCAAGGCCUGUAAAACGGCCAACCUCGCCACGUCCUUCUCUAACCCCACAAGAAACGCGAACUAAACAGAGUUCUGCUAGAACAGAUUCUGGAAAGUCGUUAAAAGAACAGUUUCAUGCAGACUUCUUAGAGCUCUUCGACUUAGCGACGGAUGUCGCGUACGAAGACCUGACUGAACAGCAGCAGCUUCUCUACCCAGCACAGUUUACCAAGUGGAAGGCGAUAAAUGCUUAA